AUGAAGCGAAUGACUACCCUUGAAAUAACCACGUACCGAAUAAAAUUGGUGCUGGAAAAAACAGGACUUAAGCAGGCAGAACUAGCCCGCAGGAUUGGUGUUGCCCAACAAUCGGUCCAAAAGUGGGUUCAUGGCAUCACAAGCCCAUCAACGGCUAAUCUCGAUAAGCUUUCCGAAGUGACGGGCUUUCCUCCGUAUUGGUUUAUGUUACCGCCAAGCGAAGAAGAGCAAGUCGUAGUGCCUGAUACAAUGAAAAUAGAUCCCAGACAAAGAGAAUUGCUUCAAACUUUCGGAGCAUUUCCAGAGGAAGAUCAAGAACAAAUGUUAAAAGAUAUGAAAGACAAAAAAGAGUCAAUGGAUCGCACUGUCGCACGGUGGCUCGCAGCCCAGAAAGGGCAUCGAGCAUAA